GUUUAGGCUGUUGCUGCUACACAGGGAUGUGAAAUUAGCCUGAGUGAUUGCAACGGAUUUCAUCUACUGUGAGUGUGAUUAAGUAACUAUGGCCAGAAAAGAUAAAGUGACUCAUCCAAGGGCAUAGGUUGAAAGAAGAAGAGUUAGCCUUCCUACCAUGGAUUGUGAAGAAAAUGAGUACUGGGACCAAUGGGGACAGUGUGUCACCUGCCAGCUGUGUGGGCCUGGACAAGAACUCUCCAAGGAUUGUGGUUAUGGAGAAGGUGGAGAUGCAUACUGCACAGCCUGCCCUCCCCGCAGAUUCAAAAGCAGCUGGGGCCACCAUAGAUGUCAGACUUGCAUCACCUGUGCUGUCAUCAAUCGUAUCCAGAAGGCCAACUGCACAGCUACCUCUAAUGCUGUCUGUGGGGACUGUCUGCCUAGAUUCUACCGAAAGACACGUAUUGGAGGACUGCAGGACCAAGAGUGCAUCCCAUGCACAAGACAGACACCCACCUCUGAGGUUCAGUGUGCCUUCCAGUUGAGCUUAGUGAAAGCAGAUGUACCCACAGUGCCCCCUCAGGAGGCCACACUUGUUGCACUGAUGAGCAGUCUGCUCGUGGUGUUUACCCUGGCCUUCCUGGGGCUCUUCUUCCUCUACUGCAAGCAGUUUUUCAACAGACAUUGCCAGCGGCAGAAAUUGAUCCUUUUUCUUGAUCUACCACUAGGUAGCCUCAAUUUGAUACCCCAGUUUGCAGGAGGUUCGCUGCAGUUUGAGGCUGAUGAGGCAGCAGAAGAGGAAUCUCUCUUCACCAUGCCACCUGGCCAGGAGACCAGUCCUGAGUCCCCACUGAGUGAAAGCAUCUUUGAGACCCAGCCACUUAACCCCAUCCCGGAUGAUGACUGCAGCUCAACUUGUGGCUUUCCCACACAGGAGUCUUUUACCAUGGCCUCCUGUGCCUCAGAGAGCCACUCCCACUGGGUCCACACCCCCAUCGAAUGCACAGAGCUAGACCUGCAAACGUUUUCCAGUUCAGCCUCCUAUACUGGAGCUGAGACCUUGAGGGGGGACACAGCUGAAAACUCUGAAGACAGACUGGAGUUCAGUAUGCCCUUUGAAGUCCCCAGCCCUUAA